UUCAAAACAUUCGAAUUCCCGCAUGCAUCGUGCACGCGUUACCAUGUUUACCAACAAGUUCGGCUAAUUUCCUUUAUUUCCAGUGAAUUUUACGAUUUUACAUUUAAAACAGCUAUGAAGUUCUCAACAUCCAAUGCUAAAUGUUCCUCUUAUGUAGGGAAACACGAGGUUUAUGUCGGGACCCAUACGGGCUCUUUCAAAAAGCUCGAACCCUUCGAUGAUGAUCCGUACCGACAGAAGAACCUCCAGCAAAUUUCUGUCCUGGAUAAAACAUCCAAGGUGACGUGCAUGGCUUUCGGCAACGAACAUCAGUCGGAGAUUCUAUUGGGUCGAGCCAAUCGCUGUGUUAAAGUUUUCAAUUGUUCCGACGAAGAUACCAGCUCCAGCUUUGAGGUGGCCGAGGGAGAAGUUGUCGGACUGGGUCGUGCCAAUGGUUGCAUUGUUGCUGGAAACGAUAAAGGAAGCGUGACGAUUGUCAAAUAUCCCGAUUCAGUGGUUUUCUCUGUGGGCGAUAACCUAUCUAAGCUUCGCAUUUGUGCUACAGAUCAGAAUCUUAUGGUAACGGGUGGCAAACACUUGCCACAAAUAAUCAAAAUAUGGGACCUGGAAAAACAAACUCCCAUUUUCACGGCCAAAAACGUCAAGAAAGAUAUGCUGGAGCUGGAACAACAGGUUUGGGAAAAUGAUGUUCUGUUCAUAGAUCGAAACACGGUGGCAUCGUGCUCUAGAUACGGCUAUGUGCGCGUGUACGAUACCCGAGGUCAUCAGCGGAGACCGGUUCAAGCCUAUGCUCCUCCCGACGAUCAACUUUCGUUCACCAGCCUUGCCAGUCAUGGCGAAUACCUGUACGCUGGAACAACUACAAUUGGGGCACGUGCCUUCGAUAUACGAAAAAUGAAAACACACAUUCAUGUCUACAAAGGAUUCACCGGAACGGUUACCAGUAUUGGUGUCGAUUCUGGAGGCAGUUAUAUUUUUACCUCCUGCCUGGACCGGUACGUGCGUAUUCACAACGUGCAGAAAACCUCAAUGGUAUAUCAGUGCUACGUCAAAUCAAAACCGACUCAGAUAUUGUGCACCGAUUACCGUGAAAGGGUGGCCCCGCAGGAGAAUGAAGAAGAUGAUGAUGUAGUUCUUGUUGGCGAAGUGCAAGACAAUGGAGAGGAUUCAGAAUAUGAGGACAUGUUUUCCAAAAUGCAAACGGUUAGCGAUAAACCUGUUAAAAAGCGUAAAAUAGUGCAACAAACUGAAGCUAAAGAAAAAAAUGUUAAGAAAAAGAGCAAAAAGGUUAAAUAGACGUUAAAUUAACAUUUUUUUAAUGAAUGAAAUGUUUGUAUUUUUCUUCCUGAUAUUCCAAAAAUAAUCUC